AUGGCUGGGCUUGUGUGCAAGCACACGGCGGGUGCACCCGAGGGUGAGCGGGUGUGGGACGUGGCAUUCUCGCCGCUAGGCAACGCGCUGGCGGUGACGGGCGGCUUCCAUGCGGUGGCCCUUGUUGACGCAGCGGCGCCGGAGCGGCAGCUGGACAUGCUGGAUGAGGUCCACGAGCGGACGGUGCGGCGGAUCGGGUGGGCACCGAGCGGACGGGCCCUGGCAGCGGCCUCGUUUGACGGUACCGUCUCUGUCUGGGCCCUGCCCGACGACGGCGCGCCCGGCGGCUUUGCCCUCGCCCAUCUGCUGCAGGGCCACGAGAAUGAGGUCAAGGCCGCGGCGUGGUCGGCGUCGGGCGCGCUGCUAGCCACCUGCUCGCGCGACAAGUCGGUGUGGAUCUGGAACUUAGAUCCCGAUGGCGGCGCGCCGGCGUGCGUGGCUGUCCUGCAGGGCCACUCGCAGGACGUCAAGACUGUGGUCUGGCACCCGAGCCAGGAUGUCCUCGUUUCGGCCUCGUACGACAACGAGCUACGGCUGUGGAUCGAUGACGACGGCGACUGGUUCUGCUGCACUGUGCUGGCCGGCCACUUGUCUACCGUCUGGGACGUCGCCUUCUCGCCCGACGGCUCGUCGCUGGUCUCGGCCUCAUCCGACGGCACUCUCAAGAUCUGGACCCUCUCCGAUGUUGUUGCCGGCAAGCCGGCCGGCUCCAUCAUCACCGAAAACUCUGACUACAUGUGCGUCGCCACCGUCUCCGACUACUUUACCCGCGACAUCUACGCUGUCGACUGGAACAAGACUACCGGCCUCAUUGCCGCUGCUGGCGGCGACAACGCCAUUGUCGUCCUCGCCGUCGACAACGCAGUUGCAAGCGAGGUCUCCACCUCCCUCAUCGCCUCGGCUCCCGCCGCUCACGACGACGAUAUCAACGCCGUUGCAUGGCAUCCACGCCAGCCCGAUCUCCUGGCCUCUGGCGCGGACGACGGCAUGAUCAAGGUGUGGCAGGUGCCCGAGCCGUAGCACUUUUGGCCCCCCUUCGCCCGUUCCAUCCAUCCAUCUCCAUCCUUGACCGGAUCGGCCAACCCGACCUCCCCUCAUGCUCCACCCACGCCCACAACCGAGUGCCAUUGACGAACAUCAUCAGCAACAACUGCUCUUCCCCUACAAAACAACAGACAUGGAUCCCCAGA